AUGACUGCUCAGAAGGGGAGGUAUUCCCACACCUAUAAUAGUCACGAUGCUACAAUAGAUGUUGAGAAGCAACCGUCACGCUAUAAGCAUCAUUACCGCCAAUAUAGUCACACCUCGUUUGACUCGGACAGUGGAGAUGACUCCAUUGCUUCUUCCUCCGCCACAUCUACGUCCGCCGCCUCCUAUCGUCCCAUGCUUGGUGGCCCGACAAUAAGACGCAAUCGGGUCGGCGUGGGCUUCUAUCGUAUCCCUAACCGGAUCAUGAGACGGCUCUGUCUUGCGUUAUUUUUAGCAUUAAUAAUAUUCAUUAUUAUACUCUUCCGAUUCACCUUGACUUCAACCGUUAAGCAGGUGGAUGUUGGACUUCCCAAGCCUGUCUCGAAGCCGCCGCAAUGGGAGAGUUUCCCUUUCUUAACACGAUACCACGGCGGCCUUCGAUCCUUGGUUUCACGCAAGGAUAACGUGCCUGAAUUCCCAAGCAAUAACAUGGAGGAAGUGGCACUGGGUUUAAAUACUGGUGCGAAUGACACUGGCGUUGAAGCUCGAGAUGAAAACCUGUUGUCGUUCUCUAGUUCAGUGUUCAACCCUUACCCGGAUUACUCGUCACCAGAAUACAUCGCAAAGUACGGAGAAAAACGAGAUUGUUUUUUGGAUGAGGAAGGAACCUUGCAAAUCCCUAUGGUGCAUCAUUAUCCAGGCAUUCCUCGUGGGUUCCCCGAUGCUGCCAUGGGCUCCAACGAAAUGAUAGGAAUUCAGGAUGAUGUUUGCUUUGAUCGGUUUGGUCGCCUCGGCCCAUAUGGCUUGGGGUAUACUGCAAGAAAGGGGGGUAUUGGCGCCGGUUUGGAGGGGCAUCGUGAGGGCGCAGAGAGAGUCUGGGAAGAUUUCCCACCUGUUGAUUUCCGCCGGGUGGACUGGGCCGCUGCUCAGAAUCGUUGUCAGGCUAUCAACAACCAUCGAUUUCGGGAUCUUCCUGAACCGCGACCUGAGCGAUUCCUCUCCAUGCCAAUUGGAUCUCAGAAGGACAGCAAUAAACUUGCAGCGACAUUAGAUGAUCAACAGAAACCGCCUUCCAACGAUACGGAUCGUUUGCCUCGUACGGCGGUGGUAAUUCGAACAUGGUUUGACUACCAUUAUACCCCAGAUGAUAUAAUGUACAUGCGCUCUUUGAUUUCAGAGCUUUCUAUGCUUUCAGGAUGUGAAUAUAGAGUUUAUUUCUUGAUUCAUGUGAAAGAUGAGAACCUGCAAAUUUGGUCUGAUGAUGAAACCUACGAGCGCGUGCUGACUGACGCUCUUCCGGAGGAAUUCCGUGGCAUGGGUAUAUUGUGGUCGGAACGACAGAUGGCCCUUCUGUACCCCGGAUUGGAGGAGACGAUGACCCGCGGUUUGCCUGUCCAUGGAGUGUAUCGCAGCACCUAUAUGCCCAUGCAGUACUUUGCCUAUCAGCACCCUGAGUACGACUAUUACUGGAACUGGGAAAUGGAUGCCCGGUACACGGGUCAUUGGUAUCACCUUUUUGAUAAGGUUGUUAGUUGGGCGCGGGAACAACCGCGAAAGGGUCUCUGGGAAAGGAACGCUCGUUUCUACGUCCCAUCUGUCCAUGGGUCCUGGGAGGACUUCCGGCAAAUGGUGCGGGUACAGACUGAAAUUGGCACCAACAGCCCGAACAACAUGUGGAGCGUUGUCAAACCCGGUCCAGGCUUGUCACCCGGCGACAAGAAAGCCCCUCACCAACAGGGCGACAAACCUAUAUGGGGCCCGGAGCGACCUGAUGAGCGUGACAUCUUUGAGACAGAGGGAGACGGGAUUCCCCCGACAACGGUAGACAAGGAUCGGUAUCAGUGGGGGGUGGGUGAGGAGGCAGACUUGAUUGUCUUCAAUCCCCUCUACGACCCUGAGGGGACAACUUGGCUUCUUCGAGAUGACGUUACAGGGUAUAGCAAGGAGAAAGGCAUGCCGCCACGUCGUGCGGCCAUUAUCACGUCUUCCAGGUUGUCCCGCAAGCUUCUACAUACGAUGCACAAAGAGACCAUUGCCAAGCGUCAUACUAUGUUCUCGGAAAUGUGGCCAGCGUCUACGGCACUACAUCACGGGUUUAAAGCUGUGUAUGUUCCACACUCGGUAUAUAUAGAUCGCCAGUGGCCUACCCAGUAUCUGGAAGGUGUGUUCAACGCUGGCCGUAACGGGGCCUCGGGGGGUGCUCGGACAGCCGUUUUCGGGGACCGCGAACACAACUUUCGAGGCACAACUUGGUUUUAUUCUGCUGGCUUCUCGCCGAAUCUUUGGAAACGGUGGCUAGGCUACAAGGUCGAUAACGAUGGAGGUGAACAAGAAGAACUAGCAGGAGAGGGCAGAAUGUGCCUACCACCGAUGCUCCUUCAUCCUAUCAAAGGUGUGGAGAUGAUUAUCGAUGAUGGGGCAAUGGGAAGUGAUGAAAGCGAGUAA